AUGGGUUCAACAAGUGAUGUGAUCAGAGAAGGAUCUCCUUUGAGUGAGGCUGAGCAGAAACUGGCAGAGGAAGCAAAACAGAGAACUCUGAAUAUCCUGACUGAUACUCUGAAGAAAAAGGACCGCCUGUUGGUGGAGAAUUCAGAAGACUUCAAUGGCCGUUCCUCGGAUAAGUACAUUCCAUUAAUUAGUCCAAGUCUGGUACAAGAUCUCAUUAGUGAACUCCAGAAAGUGACCUUCAUGAGAUGCAGGGGUGAUAUUAAUAAAACUUGGCACGCUUAUGUUUAUCCACGAUCAAAUGAAAGGAUUAUUUAUCUCUGCCCACCUUUUUGGGAGAGUACUGCAUGUCUGGGAAUAAACUCUCGCCCAAAAACGAUCAUCCAUGAAGUCGCCCAUUUCCUGGGAUACGCGCACACCAUUGAGAAGACCAUGGCUAAUCAAAUGGACAAUCAUUUUAAUCAACGGAAGUUACUGCCCCUUACAAAUUACAGCAUUGAGUCAGCAUUUGCAGACUACAUGAAUCACAGGGGGACUUAUACAAAUGGAUCCUACAGCUGCUGCCGUGAGAAAUCCAGAGACUCUGUGUGCGAACAAUCAGUGAUAAGUUUUCAUUUAAGGUAAUAUAAAGUAAUGCUGUGUAAUUUAUUAUUAAAUAAAGAUUAAAUAGGUAAAUAUUUUGACAAAGUAGGAAAUUAUAACAAGUAAUACUGACUGUAUUAUUAGCGGCUCGGUAAUCCAGUGAGAAAUCGGAUUGCUGCUAUUUUGGAAUUAAAUUGUUUUCCUUAUUUGUGGAAAACUGUAGAUACUUUAUAUUUGUAAAUGCCAAACUGGUUCAGAUUAUUAGAGCAGGGCAGAUAGAGAAUGUUAGAGAGAAUCUGCUGGAACAAGAGAACCUGCCGAUCGCAAUCAUAACUUUUAUUAUUAUACACAAAUAAAGCUCUGACAUAGACCAUAGCGCUGUACACGUGACCAUAGAAUAUGAUAUCAGUGUAACACAGUAAAUGCUACUGAAUUCAUAUAUUCAUGUAAUUAUUGUAUGUCUGUAUUAAACCUUGCAGUUUACUUGUGUUUUCUAUUAACAGGUUCUUAAAAUUGUCCUUGAAGUUGAGAAAGGUUAAAGCUGAGAAGGGAUUCUGAGACACGCGACUGCUUAUACAGUUUGCAAAAUUAAUUUACAACAAAAUUAAUAAGACUUCAAAACGUGAAAUACUGAUAACUAAAACCAGUCACGAACACAAUGCAAGAAAGAAGCAAUGUUCUACCAAUAUAACUAACCAUUAAAUCUAGAAUAUCAUAUAGUCUCUGUAUAGUCGCUCUUCUGGACUUCCUAGG